CCGUUGAGACAAAGUGAAACAUCCUUUCAUUCCUUAGCUUGUCUGAAAAUUUAAAAACACAUGGGUUUCAGUGGACAGCUGUGAUUCAUGUUAUAGACUCUGCAAUCUUGAACAGAAGUUUCAGCCAGCGGUUCCAGGCCGAUGUUGGUAGAAGUCAGCACAAGUUGUAUGAUCUCAUCAUGGAGAACGUGGAACUGAUCUUGUCUCUUUGCUACACAAUCUACCAGAGGGUUGAGAACAUAAAGUCCAACAAGGAGCGCUGCCAGCGAGUCGCCCAGAGGGUCCAAGACCUGGAGGCACUGGUCCUGACCAUCAAACAAAGGGGGCCGGGCCAAAUCUCGGCCCCUGUGCACCAGGCUCUGAAGGACCUCAUCGUCACUCUGAAUAGUGCCAAAGAGAUAAUGAUGACAUUCUCCCAAACUACGGGUUUUAAGAGCUUCCUGAAGUCCAGCAACCACGAGGAGAAGUUCUGCAGGAUGAACGACAGACUCAACGAUAACUUCCAGGUCCUGUUCGGAGCGCUGCAGGUCGAGCAGGGCAACAUCCUGCAGAAAGUCUACGAAUGUGUGGCGAGACCGGAGGAAGAGCGACCUCUUACCAGCCCCAUAGCCCCGAUGCCUCCCCCCACGCCUACAGCCCCGAUGCCUCCCCCCACGCCUACAGCCCCGAUGUAUCCCCCCACGCCUACAGCCCCGAUGUAUCCCCCCACGCCUACAGCCCCGUUGCCACUUACCAUGCCUAUGUCUAACCCCAUGCCUCCCAUGCGUCACCCGACACCAGUGUAUCGCCCUGCAGCUCCCACACCUGUGCAGUACAUGGUGCCCCCCCCCAGGCCAGUGUUCGUCCGUGCAGCUGCCAUGCCUGUGCGCUCCAUCAUGUCGCCCGUGCAAAUGUACAACCCCGUGACCAUGACUAGAGCCGUGACCCAGCUCCCUCUCUCCACCGCCGUUGUCUCCCAGCAUGUCACCACUACAAUGUACUCCGUCCCUACCUCCCCCACCACGGUCCCCAUGCAACUCAUCACCCCUGUUCGCCCCGUGACUGUUUCACAACAAAAUGCAUCUGUAGGUUUUAUCAAUUCGUUUUUACGUUAAAACAAGAGAAACCGGCUCUAAACUAAGUGUUUUAAAGUAUUUCUGUGACGUGUGAGGACAGAGACGGAAGGAAGGUGGGACCGGGACUUUUUCUAGUGUUGCAACCGUCCUUUUGUUUCUCAGGAGACACGCCCGUUAACCCGUUAACUAGUGAUGACAUCAUGUUUUCAUUAAUGAACUAACCAGUAUGUGAAGAAGGAAUGAAUUAAAUUAAAGCUCCAUA